CUCUGAGUCUAGAGAUAGAGGAAGCUUUCGGGGCCCACGUGGAGGAGACGCACUUCAUCUGGGAUCGCGAGAUAACACGGUAGUGAAGUGAGACCAUCGUUUGAUUCUGCUACUAUAGGCUUCCUAAAGAACGAGGAAGGGUUUGUCUCGAGGCAACUAUAUAGCGAAGGAUUUAUAUCCAGUUACGGAAAAUAAAAAAAACACACACAAUGGUUGAUGCAACAGAAAAAGUUUCAAAUGGCACAUCUCCCAGAGGCCGAGGAGGCCGAGGAGGAUUCAGAGGGAGAGGUGGCAUGAGAGGAGGCAGAGGAGGUUUUGGAGGUGGAAGAACUUUCGGCCAAAAGCCCAGACCUCAAGAAUUUGACAAAACUGCUCUUUUUGUAGAGUUUCAAAAUAAGCCUAGUAUAGAAGAUAUCAAACACUUCCUGCAAGCUGUGAAAGGUGCAAAUACAGUAAAACUUGGAAAAUUUCUACAAAUGCAUUUCAAGACAGAAAAAGAAGCUGAGGAAGCAACAGUAAAGAUUAAGGAUAUUGAUGGAAAAAUCUUAGUUAAUAAGGCCUUUGCACAGCAAGACAGAUCACCCAAGAGAACCCUCCCAGAGGCUGAAGCAAAACCAAAUAAGAAGGCAAAGAAGGAACCAGUAAAGGAAGAAGAAGAACAAGAGGAGGAGGAGGAAGAGGAUGAAGAUGAAGAGGAGGAGGAGGGUGAGGAGGAAGAGGAGGGGGAUGAUGACGAUGAUGACGACGACGAUGAUGAUGAAGAGGAUGAUGACGACGACGACGAGUAAAGGGAUAUAACAAAAGAGUAUGAGAAAGUUGUUGGCUAUAAGAGGUUCAUUUAUUCUUAACAGAAUAUAAAAAAUAAAAAAAUACACAUUUAAUUAAUGUGCUACUAU